UUUAUAUAAAGAGUUGAAAGGAAAUGGAAAAUUGAAAGAUUCUAAAAUCUCUUUCAAUUCAAAAACAAUUAGCUAUAUUUCUUAUUAUUAUCAGACAAAAUCAUCAACAUCGAUUUGUAGGAGAUAUUUUUUAACAUUCAAGACAGACAACAUCGAAAUAUUUUAGAAAAGUCUUGUAUAUCAUUUGUUAACUUGCGAAACAUAUAAUUAUUUUCUGUCAUUUGGUGAUAGUCCUCUACAAAGAGGAGUGAUCCAUUUUUUAAGCGUUCGGUGCCCCAUGUCCAAACCGUCCUCCUCUGGCCACCGCCGGCGAUAAAUCUGCAGCCCGCGAUCUCCAACGACGUGUUUCUUAUAAUGAAAAUUUAAACUGAAUAAUCGAAUCAUCAGAUCUGAGGAGAAAUAUCUUAAAUAAUGACUAUAUCGGACGACGAAGACGAGAUAUUGGCCCAGUUCCUGGAAUCGGAGGUCCUCUCCGAAUCAUCGGACCAGGAAACAGAUAAGGAAGAGGAGAAGCAGGAGGAUAAGGAAGAGGUAAAAGAGAGAAACGUUCGUUUAAAUGAAAGCGAGAAGGAGAAAGAGAAAGAGAACUAUAGCAAUAAACGAAGGAGGAUAGAGAGUGGGAUUUUUAGCAAGAUUCCUCCUGAACUCUUCCCUCACAUCCUCAAAUUCCUUUCUUCAGAGGAUCUCAUGGCAUGUUCUCUGGUCUGUAAAUUCCUGAAUUAUGCUGCAUCUGAUGAGUCCUUAUGGCGUCGCCUGUACUGUAUGCGAUGGGGCCUAUUGCCUCCUUCUAAGAGGUUAUGUGAUUGUGCUUGGAAGAAGCUUUAUGUUCAGCGUGAUGAAGAGGACAUGGUUAAGCUUGUUAGAAAUUGUCAGCCUGAGUUUAAAGAGUACUACAUCCAAAUGCAUGCAUCAAAGAGAAGUCAAGCUCCCCUUCCUUCUCAGGUGAAAGAUGAUCAGAUAAUUCUUGACAAGACGAUUGCUGAACAAGUGUCUAUAUGGAAAAAGAGCAGAGGCCUGAGUGAUAAGGUGGUCACUGACCAUGCUUGUUCUGGAGAAAUGUGUUCUUACUACCAAAUAGGGGAUGUUUUCGUUUGUGAGAAGACUGGAAAUGUUCAUGUUUGUGAUGAGACAUGCAGGGAAACAGUCAUAAACCCUGUAAAUGAGCUUUUGGUCUGUACAAUUUCUGGGUUAUGUUUUGAUAGAUUAGUGUCCCCAUACGAAAUGGAACCUGAUCCUGCUGAAGGUGCAGUGGCAGAUGAAGCAGAGCCUUUCAUGGGAUCUGGUCGUUUUGCACGGGCUUACUCGUUGGGAUAUAAUUGUGAUGAUGAGGAGGAGCUGGAAGCUGCUUUGAGGUUUUGCUGAUAUGUUUGAUUUGGCAGCAGAUGUCAUAAAUUUAUGAUUAUGUAUUGUGUAAAGUUGUAAGGCAUGCCCAAUGACCUCGAGCUAAGCCAAAUUCAGGGGACGGAAGUUUGCUGGGAAUAGGCAAUUAAUUAUGUGUUUAUGAAGCUACGCAGGCGGAUUUCAGUUAGUUAUAUUAGUAUUAAUAUUAAUAUUAUAUAUUAGUGUGGAUAUCAGUAGCAAAUUUCCUUUUACAUUAAUAUUUAUACUAUUUAUUUCCUUUCUUGUUUUCCACUCUGUUUGAAUCGCAAGGAAAAUAAGAUGAGGAAAGAAAAUAUAAUUAAUGU